AAGAGAAUUGUAAAUUAGCUGCCUGAGCCGCAGGGAGCCUAAGCGCACACUGUUCCCCUAGAAGAGGCACUGGACAGAAUGAGCCCAUCCAAAGGAUCCUGCUACCUUCUGCUUGUGUUGCUGGUGGCUGAUUUGCUGCCGGGGUCAUUCUGUGGCAACAACCCACACUACGAGAAGUUCCUGAACCAGCACCGGGAUGAGCCAAGGAGCAGCUUCCAUGGCCGGUAUUGCAACACCCUCAUGACCAGCCGUGGCCUGACCAGACCGGAGUGCAAGGAGGUGAACACCUUUAUCCACAGCACCAAAAGGCAGAUCCGAGCAGUGUGCACCGACGGAGGAGGGGUUCCCUUUGGGGAGCUGCGGCAGAGCCGGCAGCACUUCAGGGUCACCACCUGCACCCUCAGGGGUGGCUCAACCCGCCCACCGUGCGAGUACAAGGAGAACACCUCGCCCAGGUACAUCAUCAUUGGCUGCGAAGGUGGUUGGCCUGUGCACUACGAUGAAAGCCAGAUAGUGACAUCUGUCUGAUGCCAAGUGGAGAGAAAUGUCACCAUUUGAUAGAGAUGAAUGAGAAAUUCAAUUCAGUUCUCAUUCAAAGCUGGAUCUCUCCAGUCCGCAAAUUCUGAAACAAUAUGAUAACCAAAAUCCGCACGUACAGUAUCUGAAUUUUGCAAUGGAGUUCUCUGUCCAAACAGUGUUUCUAAAAAUGCAUAGAUUAGGGAAAUGUGUGCAUAAAAAUGAAUACAGUAGUGAAAAUAGCUUACAAAAAUGCAUUAUGUUAGGAGACACUGCUUGCAAAAACAUGUAUAUUAGUUGAAGCUGAAUACAAAAAAAAAUUUAGGAGAAUUCGCACAAAUGAAGAAUUUUCAUGAGAAUUUGUUAAAAUAAAAACACAAAUUGCUGCAGAAAUAUGGAGAACUGAAUUUAAGAUUGGAAAACUGACAAACUGAGAGAACCAAAAUUGACAGAUCCUUUCAUCCCUAGUGUUUGAUCUGAAGGCAUUGCUCCCCCUUUUAAGGGCUCGUCAUCAAACGUGGUCUCCAAAUAACCUAGUCAAAACACAGACUAAGGCUGCAGUCCAAUACAAGUCUGAUCAGACGUAAACUCCUUUGGGUUCAAUGGGACCUACUCCCAGGUAAGUGUGUAUUGGAUUGCAGCCUAAGUACAGGAAAUGGCUUUGAUCUUCCCCCAUCCCCAUAGAGAUUGUAAGCUCCCUGGGGCAAGGACUCUUCUAUAAUACUUAUAGCUUUGUAAAGUGCUGUGUACAUUGAUAGCACUGUAUUAAUAAUUAGUAGUAUUAAUAAUAGCUACAAUUGCUACAAACAGUGGCUUGGAUUCAGACUUAGUCAUACAUAGAGUUCACUAAAAUUCAUGGGACUUCAGUGAGUCAUAACCUAAAUCUCACAGAGGUCAAUGAGUGUGCUGUAAAUAUGACCAAGACUGGGUCCAACCCGGCAUGUUUAUAAUUUUGUGUUUCAGAAAUGAAUGAUGACACUGUGCUGGAAUGUAUUUGAUUGCACAUGUGAAAAUAAAAAUAAAGACUUGUUUUUCUUUUAAAAAAAUAAUAAA